AUUGUUUUGAUGAAUCAUUUGCACAAAAGAUGUAAACAGUUAAGCACAUAGAACGUUGAAAUGAGUACUGUAAUUUCGGAGGAGGACUUAGGUUUUAUAGAAAGCGAAUUGCCUUUCGAAGAUAAGGUUUCGCUGCUAUUUCUACUUUACGGUCAACGAGAUCCGAAGUAUCUACAGCAAACUUUAGCAGUGGCCAGCCGGGUACCGGAAGAGGACACCCAGUUUUUGAUUGAUUGGGUAAAUUAUAUGAAAACUGAUUGGCAAUCAGAGUUACUGGAAGCGCUUGUCAUUGUUCAAGCUAAUCUAUGUCUGAUCAAAUGUGGUCAUGAUGCAGACGAAUUGAGGGAUCGUUAUCUGCCGCACGUUCCAGAGUUGGCAACUUUUGUGCAUCCCAUCUUGAAGGGAUUAUACUUGCUUUGUGAGAGGAUGGAGGAAAGUGUUGGUGAGAAAUUGGUGAAAUAUUUGGUGCACAAAUAUUGCAUUAUUAACAACGGAGGCGAAUAUUUCGAGAUCGUUAUACUGGAUCUAAUAACUCGGGAUCUGAUAAAACUUGGAUCGAAAUCUACGGGAGAAGAGUGCGAUUUGCUCACUCUCAUAGCAUCCUUCAAAGAGCUAGAUCUGUAUGCACUCUCUGACUACUGUAAAAGCAUUGCCAACCACUUUAAUAAGGAUAUAAUCGGUAAACAGAAUCAGGCAGACAAUGCGAAAGAUUCGAUAAAUUUCAGACAAAUCCCAUCCGAUAGCAAACAGCCUGACAAAAGUGUAAAGAUCAGUCAACUAGAAAGUUAUUAUAUCACAAAAGCAAACGCGGGUAUAGUUUUAAUCAUUAAUCAGUUUAAAUUCUAUCGUGAAACAAAUCCUGAAUUAACGGAAUUGUUACCUCUAAAACCCUUGAAUGACCGUCGUGGUACUGAAGUAGAUAAAGAUGCUAUCAUCAAUUUGUUCACUGAACUUGGUUAUCGGCUUAUCUUAAAGGAAAACAUUCCGCAUUUGGAAAUAUUAAAGCAAGUUGAAAACGCUGUCAGUCAAAUUGAGUCCGCACACUGCUCCUUGGUAGUGUGCCUUCUUUCACACGGUCAGGAAGGGAUGGUGUAUGGGAGUAAUAGUAUUCCAGUGAGCGUCAAAGCAGUGGAAAGAACCAUGGCGUCGGAGAAAUUGACCGGAAAACCGAAGCUCCUGUUCGUUCAAGCAUGCCAGGGAUUAGACCUCCAAGCGGCUGUCGAAAUUCCUCGACUGGAACACGAUGGACCGUCAUCUGAGCGUACAGCAUCGAUUUUCGUUGACUUCCUGGUGGCGUGGUCCACCGUACCCGGAUUCGCGUCAGUUCGGCAUAUCGAGAAGGGUUCCUGGUUUAUACAGGAGUUAUGCCAGAAGCUGAAGCAGCUUCGUCAAGGCAAUCACAUCAUGGAUAUUCUUACGGCUGUGAUAAAUGAUGUAUCGAGUAAGCGUGGCUAUGGGAAUGAGUGCAUGGUACCAAUCAUAUACAGUACAUUGAGGAAAAGGCUGUAUUUUGGCACAGAAGACGUGUCAUAAUCGUUUUUAAUCUAUAGAAAGUGCAAUUGUAAUAAUUUCUGGUUAAACUAGACAUUUUUGCGACUGUAUCCUUUUACGAUUUCUUUAGUAUUAUUGUAUCCAUAUAUUAAAUAUAUCGAACAUUUUUUUUUACGUUGA